CAUAUAUCGAAGUCAUGGUGCCGACAUUCGUCGAUUUACAAGGAUUCGUCGUGGGUGAACGAUUCGUCGUGAAGGAGGUGGCAGUGCUGAAAAAUGGCGGCGACAUAACGCAUUACAUUUUUACGUGCCCGAUGCCAUGGCGUUUCUUGACGAAGAGCGAUCAGUCGCACGCCUCGUGGCUGAUGGCGCAUCAUCACGGAUUGCGAUGGAACGGGGUGGUGCCGUAUCGUAUGGCGCAGCGUUUGAUCGCUGAAGCUGUCAGUGGAGAGAGCGACGAUGAUGCACUUAUUUAUGUGAAAGGUCUCGAGAAACGGGGGUGGUUAAUAGACAUUCUAAACAACAAUGUCAUAGUCGAAACGAUCGAAAAUCAUUUCAAUGACAUUAAAUCGUUGGAAAAUCUAGACUCUACUAAUACGUUUCGAUGUCUGCAUUACUUUUAUACGAGCGAGAAGUUGUCACUUCACAUUGUUGACUGUACUACGACGAAUGAUUGUGCUGUUAUUCUUCCGAAUGAGAACGAUAAGUGGUUAUCGUUUCGCGAUUAUAAUAAGAAGGAGCGGCUUCUCUUUGUGGUUUAUACAGAUUUGGAGUGUAUACUGGAGAAGAAGAAGAGGAUCAACGAUGAAAACAUUUAG